UGCAAAACUGGAAGGUUCAAAUAAGCAUGAAGAUCAGACCGAUGAAAAAGAGGAUAAAAUAAAAGAAUUGGAACAAAUAUGUUCUAAUUAUUCCCAAGUUCAACACACACUUCAAUGCCAAGUAGAUCGCCUACAGGACGAGAUGAGAAAAUGACAAAUUAUAUAGCAACUGACCGAAAUCAGCUCGAAAUACUUCAAAACAAAGUAGAAAAUCACUUAUUGAUUUACGACAUCGGGAGAAAGCAAAUCGUUACCGCUAAAAAAUGUACACAGGAGAAACAAGUAGAAGAGAAUUUAAUGAAUUUACGAAUUAAUUACAUCGAGAAGGCUAUGACAGAAGAAGAGCAACGAAUUUUUAAUUUACAGAAACUUAGACUAACUCUUGAUCAGGCAAUGAAAGAGCGGCAACUAGAAAUAGAUACAAAGAAAACGGUUGUGCUAGCUCAAAAGAGGAACUUAGAGGAAGAUAAGGGUCGGCUUAAAGGUGAUAUAUCUUUGAGAAAAGUAAAACUUGAACAGAUGAAGAAAAAAUAUCAUAUUGAGUUAAUGUCGCUAGCAGGCAAAGACGACGAUGGUCAACCAUUUUCUAUAACACAUUUUAAAAUAAAGCACGCACAAGAUAAAUUUAUGCUUCAACAACAAGGAGAUGAACUGGACAAUAAGAUAAAAGUAGCUGAAAAAGAAAUUGUUGCCAUGGAAAAUACGCUCAAAAUGGUUAAUUUAACAAAUAUAGCAUUUAAAAACAAUCUGUCAAUUUUAAAGGAUACUGAUAAAGAAUUGCUAGAAAUGAAAACUUUAGAAAAUAUUUUAAAAGAACAUGCUACAAUACUCAAGCAGUCUAGAAAAAAAGAAGCGGAGCUACAAAAGGAAGCUGAUGAGUUAAAACGAAAAUUGGAAGAACUAGAAAUUGGGAGAUUAGGUCAGAAAGAAACAGUCCACGAUUUAGAACUGGAAAAUAUGUGUGUAGAAAACCAAGAAAAGAUUAAAGAAGAACAACUCCAUAGAGCUGAAAAGCAAGUACGGAAAAUUUUAAAAUCUCUAAGAGAUAAAGACUUAGCUGCUUAUGAUUUCGACUUGGAAAUACGCCAUUUAAAAAGCGCAAAUUCUGAGGUUACUAAAAAGUUAUAUAUUAUGACUACUGACUAUCCGGACGUGGCUCCUAAUAUUAUACGUUAUACAGCAGAAGAAAAUAUAGACUUAAAAUCGCAGUACAGUCUUAGUUCACUUUCAUAUUCAACAGAUUCGUCAUGUCGUAGCAGUGAUACUUCGUCAUGUCGUAGCAGUGAUACUUCUAACAAUUUAGAUCUUCAAAUGCAUCAUAUUGCAAUGAAAAAAGUUGAGAUUUCAUUUAAUAACGAAUAAACAUAUAUUACUGUAAA